CCCCGCAGCCCGGCGGCCGACUCAUCAUAAGCGUGGGCGUGCGUGUGUGUAUCCGUCCAUGCACCUGCGGCUCCCGCUCCCACUCCCGUAUGUGUGAGACGGGACGGGCCCUAUGAGCUCCGGGCAUUUAAGUAGCAGCGACCCCCCUCCAAUCGCUCGCUCUCGGCGCUAGCUCCAGCCCGUUCUCUCUCUAGCUAGUGUUUCCUUCCUCUUUGCUGUCCUGGUGAGGCGGUUCGGAUGCUGUCCCACGUCGAGAUGGCCCCCGCGGCCGGCGGGUUCAAGCUCUUCGGCAAGGUCAUCACGCAGUGCGCCGAGAGCGCGCCGCCGGUGCCGGCGCAGCCGCGGGAGCCGCCGGCGAGGGGCGCGCGGGAGAGGGACGACCCGGACGAGCGGGACCAGCCGAUGGUCAAGCGGGAGGCGGCGGACCACGACUCCGCCGACAAGCAGCAGCACUCCGGCGGCGGCGGGGAGAGCAAAGGGCUGCAGCCGCGCCCGCGGCAGCCGCCGCACCAGGACACAGCGGAGGCGCGCGCGGCCGCGGCCGCCUCGUCGGCGCCGCCGCUGCCGUGCCCGCGCUGCCGGAGCCGCAACACCAAGUUCUGCUACUUCAACAACUACAACGUCAACCAGCCGCGCCACUUCUGCAAGGACUGCCACCGCUACUGGACCGCCGGCGGCGCGCUCCGCAACGUCCCCGUCGGCGCCGGCCGCCGCAAGAACCGGCCCCUCGGCCCCGUCGUCGCCGCCGGCGCCCACCUGCACCACCAGCACCGCGUGGCCGCCGCGGGCUUCGUCCUCGGCUUCCCCGGCGGCCAGCGCCCUUCCUCCCCGACCUCCCCGUCGCCGGUCUACGCCGACCGGUGGCCGGUCUGCCCCGACCGCCGGUUCUGAUGACGUGACGACGAUCCGCCAUCCGAUCAGCAGCCUCGCGGGCCAUCCGGCUGGGUUCGCGGAUAGGGAGCUACUAGGCUGGUUUGACCCGCGUAACUUGCUGCUGAGGUGGGGGAGGCUGCCCUGCCUGCCUGCGUCCUUGCUGUACGUGCGCCCUUGCACAAUCACCAAUGGAGCAAUGGAUGGGAGGACAUGGAAAAAUGGCCUUUUGUUUCUUCUCCCCCUCUCUUUCUCCGUGUCUAGCUCGUCCGUUUCCUUUCCUUUUGUUGUUUCCUGCAGUAUGCUUUGGAUAGAGCUCGAAGCUAUCCUGCAGUCUUGCAGAUGUGUGUAGUGCAAUGUAAACAGCACCAGCGAGGCGGCGAGUUGCGAACUCCGUGGAAGCGAA